UGUCGGACGAACGUAUUGCGAGUUGUCGGCGUAUUGUCGUGUACCGUGUACUUGUGUAUUGUACUUAGGGAUCGAUAUAAAUUGAGUGCAUUGUAGUGUAUUUUAUUAGUUGUUAUUUUAUAUGAUUGAACAGGAAUGAUCGUUACUUUUGAACUAAAGUUACAACGAAUCUCGUAUGUUUUGGAUUUCAACGUUACAUUGUGAUUAGUUUAAAGUAUGGGAGCGCCAGCAUGGGGGUCGCGCGGCGGCGAUCGUCCGCGGCUGCUGCGGAUGACGCCGCUACGCCACAGCUUCGCUGCGCCCGCCACGCCGCCCGCGCCGCAACCCCCGCCGCGCACGCACGACUACGCCUCUGACGCUGAUACUAAUAAGAAAGAAGAUAGUUGGAAUGCAAACCUAUCACAGAGAUGGAGAAAGCUGCGUCGGCGUUGUUCGAGGCUGCGCCCCGGUUCCGGCAAUCGCGAGCCAAGCCCCGUGCGCUGCUCUCCCUCCCCGCCGCGCCCGCCUCCGCAUUGUUCCCCCGCGCCGCCCGCUAAGCUCUCAUUUAGGCACCGUGGCAAGGUCUACACCACCGCGUCCCUUCGCGUCACCAGCGGAGCCCCGGACUUAUUGAGAGCUCUGGGUAAACUCGGAGGAGGCCUGCGUCGACGAGCACUAUCGGCCCACGACGUCCUCGCGCCACCACAACAACAGCCGGCUACAUUCUACGUGCCCAGUCCGACGACGGACCGACAAGCUUCUUCGCCAUCUCCGCCCAGGCAAUCGGCAACACUCCGACGACGAUGCAGCUCCCCUAACGUGUACAGAGCUAAUAAAGACGCGCCUCGUGAUCGAGCACCCCUUAUUCACGACGACGAAAACCGAGACGUGGUCGAUUACAGUUACGGUAUGGACCACAGGAGAAGCUGCAAAGACGUUAGAAGUAGACCGUACAGCGAGAACGUGGAGUUAGAUGUUCCAUGUCGGAACGGUUACAAUCGUCUGACAGCGAACAUGUCGGACAGGCUGUGGGAGGAGCCGUACAGGUUACCACGAGUGCAGGCGCGACAGGAGCCGAUGCAGCAACUGCGCAACGGCGUGGCCGAACUGCGGGUGAGCGCCGCACCCCGUACACCACGCACACCGCGCCCUCCCCCCGCGCCUCCUGCCGCGGUGCCUAAGCCGAACAAGCGGCCACCAGCCCCUGAGCCAAGAGACGCGCACACGUUUGAGGUGCGAUUCACAAAAUCAGCUGGCGGGAAAGGACUCGGUUUUAGCAUAGUGGGUGGUCGAGACUCGCCGCGUGGUGACAUGGGCAUAUUCGUCAAGACAAUAUUCAAUAACGGACAGGCGGCUGAAUCUGGUCUACUGCGGGAAGGAGAUGAAAUACUGUCAGUAAACGGACGAGGAACUGCAGGACUGACUCAUGGUGAAGCUAUAAGAUUGUUCAAGGAUGUACGAGCCGGUCCAGUACUCAUCAGGGUGACAAGGAGAGCGCCUGUUCGCUGACUGCCCUGCGCCUGCUGCGGUGACUCGUCACCGCUCCAGGCGCCGGAACCCUCCAGCUAUUCUACUUUAUAAAUUCCCGAUAGAUGUCGCUAACAAAUCUGACAAAUAUCUGUGUGGUUUCAAUGUUAUUCGAUAGAUGACGCUUUAAUAUAUGGACGAGCAAAACUGAAGUUGUGGUAACUUCAAAGUGGAAAAUGUGUAUGGUAUAGUAAAAACUAUUGAUAUAUAGUAACGUUGAAGUGAAAUAAGAACUAAUUGUAUCAUUUGUAUGUACUCACGGUAAUGUAUAGCAAGCUAUGUUUAAUCUUACUAUAUAUUGAAUAAAAUAUUAAUUAUCGUUGUAAGCAUUUUACAUAAAAAGAUUUUUUUUUAUUUCAAAUAAAUAUUAAAUUUGGAAUUUUAGAUCUUUUCAAAGUCGAACAAAUACAAGUACAGAUCAUUUUACUAUUGUACAUUGCACAAUAAAUAGUAUUAAGUACAUAACAUAUUAUGUACGUAAAAGGUAAGGAAUGAAUUCCCUAUUGGAAUUAUUGUAGUCGAAUAUCACAAGAUAUUACCAAAGACAAUAUAAAAAAAUCUUAUCAAAUCAAUAUUUUCUACUUAUGAAACUAUGUAAAAUAUAUUUUUAUAUUUGCGUGUAUUUUUGACAUCGUUUUAGUAUUACAAUAUGAUAACAAUUAAAAAAAAGAUCUGAAAAAUUACAGCGCCUUGCGAUUCAUUGACGAUGCUGAUAUAUAUUUGACUAUUAUUCUUAAUCAGAAUGUAAUUACCGGACUUAGUGUGCUUUAAUAAAUAAAUAAAAU